AGCUGCUUCACGCAACAAAGGCAUUCUCCCGGAAGACAGACAAGUUCAAGUAUGCGGAACUUUGAACUUUUCGUGCUGAGUGCCCUCGCGGCUGCGUCGGCCUCUGCGACCACUACCAGCGGCACAUUCACCGCAUUGUGUUUCAACGUCGCUGGUCUGUCUGAGAUUCUUAACAGUAAUGAUGUGAAUGGCACGAAGACUGAGAACGCGGAGGAGCUUGGCAAGUACUUUGCAGAGUAUGGCUAUGAUAUUAUCCAGAUGCAGGAGGACUUCAACUACCAUGCAUACAUCUACGAGUACGACGACCACCCCUACCGCACGGCUACUUCUGGCGGUGCCGGCAUAGGCAGUGGCCUGAACACCAUUUCCAACUACGACUGGGUUGACUUCACGCGUGUCAAGUGGGACACGUGCUCGGACGCCUCCGAGUCGGACUGCCUGACCCCCAAGGGCUUCACCUUCAUGCGUUGGAACCCGUCGGAGGGAGUGUACAUUGACUUCUACAAUCUGCACGCCGAUGCAGGCACCGAAGACGGCGACGAAACCGCCCGUAACGCCAACCUCCAACAAGUCGCCGACUACAUCGACACCUGGUCCACCGGCAACGCCGUGGUCAUCAUGGGCGACACCAACAGCCGCUACACCCGCAGCGCCGACACGGGCAUCCGCGUCUUCGGGUCGCAGAACAGCCUCACUGACGUCUGGGUCGAGCUGGAGAUGGGCGGGGUGUACCCGAUCGCGGGCGCGGACUCGCUGAUAUGCGACAACCCCUCCACCAACGAGACCUGCGAGACGGUGGACAAGGUGCUGUACCGGGGCUCCAGCCUCGUCACCCUGGCCGCCGACAGCUUCCGCUACGACGGCGAGGAAUUCCUCAACACCGACCCGGAGUAUCUGGGGGAUGUGCUCUCCGACCACAAUCCGGUGCUGGUCGACUUCAGCUGGACGCUGUCCUCGUCGCUCCGCCAGAGCGAGUUCUCCGGCGGGCCGCACGGCGACUGGUUCAACGACCUCCCCAGCUUGCCCGCCGCGCCGGUGGCCUCCGUGCUGACUUUCCGCGGCGCCGACCGCCUGGAUGCCGUCGCCCUCGAGCUGACGGACGGGACCACCUUUAGCCACGGCGGCACUGGCGGGACGGCCGUGUCGCUGACGCUGGGCACCGGCGAGUACUGGACCCAGGCGGAGCUGUGCACCGGGCAGUACAACAGCCACACCCGCAACUUCUAUAUCAAGGCUACCACGAGCGCUGGCAAUGUCUUGGAGGCCGGUACCGCCACGAGCAACUGUACCACCUUUACCGCGGAUGACGGGUAUGUCAUUGUGGGGUAUAUGGGGCAGGAUGGCGAUGAGAUUGAUCAGUUGGCUUUCAUCUAUGCUGCGUACUAGAGUCGCAUCGCUGGGAAGGCGGUUGGAAACUGUGAGUUGUGAUACUAGCAUAGAAUACACGAAGUUGAUUUGUCUGUGACUUGCUCGCUUGUUU